AUGGUGGGUCCCGAUUACGUGACCAUUUGCGUUGUGUCGCCUCUGACACAGCAGCUUCGGCUUUUGACGCGGUUUCUCUUUUCUUUUGAGAUGCGGGGUACAGGGCCUCUUUUACUCCGUUUAGGAAGCCGCCAACGUGUCCAACAUAGUGAUGAUGAAAGGAUAAAAAGCAUGGGUCCGGUGUGGACCCUUGAUUUUGUCGGCACAAAGAGUGUUGAGUUAAUUUUGAAGAGAGUGGAUGGGUCUAGUUUUUUCAUGCCUAUGCUAACGCCAUAUCCAUUAUAUUUGACCAAAAUGGAUGUUCAGGAUGCGCUCUUCGUGGCUAUUUCAUGUGCUCAAUUACAUGUUAUUGAUAUUGAUUGCUUUUUCUUCAUUUUUCUCUCUUUCGAACAUGUGAAUAAUAUCGUUGCAUUGCGUUCACGUCUUGCAAUUUUAGGUGCUGCAUUGCCAUUACUAUUGUCAUUGUCAAAUAAGGUCACGUUCUCCUUCCUUUACUAG